AUGCCCAACACGGGAAAGCCAAGCAAAGAUUGCCAUCUUUGUCGAUCACGACGUGUCAAGUGUGAUCUUGGCAGACCAUCAUGCCAAAGAUGCAUCAAAUAUGGGACUGAAUGUCCAGGAUAUCGGGACGAGCAGGAGCUUGUCUUUCGCAAUGCUAACCCAACAACCAUCAAGAAGAGGAAGAAGAGGACUCAGCAAAAUGCUACGGCUCAGACUCGUGGGGAGUCUGUCAUGUCUUUUGGCUCCUCUUCCUCCUCCUCUUCGUCAAAUGGAGAUGCUGCCACGCCAUCAGUCACUGAAGAAGUUGAUCGUGAAUUCAGCCCCGUCUCACCCACGAUAGUCGAUCUUGUCGAAUUCACCAGAACUGGAAGGGCUCUCAUCCUACCACAAUCCCUUAAUGAGCAUUGGACCGCCCAUUCCAUCCCGAUCCUUCUCAACGUCUACUAUACUUUGGAUUUCCUCCAUGACACAUACAAAAAGAGCGGUCCUCAAGGCCCUCUUCUCUGGGCCACUCAUCUCUUUGCCCGCACAUACAUCACCAACCUGCGAUAUCCCACCGCCAUCGACAACGGAUCUGUCGAGCAGACCGACAAGGAGCUUGGCACGUACCUUGGUAAAACCUUGAGCUCUGUUGGCGAAGCACUCAAAACACCAGAGGGCGCGAUGAGAGACGAUGUUCUCGCGACAGUAUGGAUUCUGACGAACUAUGAACUUCUUAUGGGCUCCAUCAACCGCGUAUCACCCCUGAACCCAUGGCACCUCCAUACCAAUGGGCUAUACAGUAUUCUUCAGCAAAGGGGAACGGCGUCUUUGCGAAGGCCGGGAUCGAGAAUGGGCUUCUGGCCUGCUUACAACAUGGUGCAAGUGCGGUGUCUCCUGACAAGCCUUGAGUGCCCUCCUGAAUCCCAGGAAUGGUUUGCCGCCAUCAGACAAACCCUUCAUCCAGGAGAAGGAUUGGCUGUAGAAGUCGGCGAUUAUAUCUGCAAGAUGGCACAUGUUCAAAAGCGUAUGCUCGAUAUCAUUCGAGCCCGAGACUUUGACGCCGCUGCCCUCCAGUACUACGACUUGGUUGGUAUUGUUUUCAAAGCCGAAGAUCAUUUCACGACUUUUGACGCAGGGUACCAUUACAUCGAUGAGGUUUUCAACCCCUAUCUACGAAACAUGCUCAACUCGGCGCGAGUAAAAGGAUACCAUGUCAUUUUGACCUACGCAAACUUCUUAACUCAUCAUCCGACUGCCCCCAUUCCCCUGCAAGAGCUCAAGGUGCUACGCUCGCAUUGCGUGUACCGGGUUCGAGACAGCGCAAAACUUGUCAUGGAGGCGGUAAAUCGGCAUCUCGACCCGGCAUCUUUCCGCAAUAACCCAUCACCAAGGACAGUGUUUGACGCGUUGAAAUUGAUAUGGCCUCUGACGGCAGUCUACCUCGUACCGUCAACGCUAAAUGAGCAGAGCGAAGCCGCAGGUGAAUCGCUACAGUUCAUUGGCCGUGAGCUUGGAGUGAGGCAGGGUCUCAAGGUUAACAAGGGGGAGUCUACACUGCCGCCGGAAGCAGAAGCACCAUCACAGCUGGCUGAGGAUGCGGCCUUUGAUCCACUUCCAACUAGUAGAGGAUUAAUGUAA